UGUAGAUGCAUUGUGGUUUUUGGUUCAAGAAUAUUUAGUUGAUUUCAAAACUAGAGUUGUUAAAAGUUCCAGGCUCACAGAGAGAAGUGAGAAAGAUGAAGCUAGUCUUGGCAACAUUCCUGCUCAUAGCUCUUGUCGCGAGCUCAUCUUUCGCUGAGACUGCAAUGGAAGGGUCAAGCUUCUGCGACUCCAAGUGUGCGGUGAGGUGCUCGAAAGCAGGACGGCAGGACCGGUGCUUGAAGUACUGUGGGAUCUGCUGCGAGAAGUGCAACUGUGUACCCUCUGGGACUUAUGGAAACAAGGAUGAGUGCCCUUGCUAUAGGGACAUGAAGAACUCUAAGGGCCAGCCAAAGUGCCCUUAGACCUAGUGUGGGUUUCUUUGUGAUUGAUUUCUGCACUUAGUGGAUGUUAAGGGAGAAAUUAAUAAAAAAGGGUCCUUUGCCCUUUUGCUUUCUAAUUCAUGAAUGUUAUAAUUUAUAUGGUUCAACUUCACUAUAAUAUUUAUAUUAUAAUUGUAAUUCAAAGUUCCGACUUAUAAUUUGAAUCUGACUUUAUUUGCAAA